AUGCAUAUUUUGAGAAUCAGCCACAAUGCACACUUCGGAAUUGGAAAUUCCUUAUCGUACAAACCACAUGAACAGCCGAUUCUUCUUAAACUCAUUGAGAAAAAAGGAUUCACUUCUGACACUAAAGUUACUAAAAUGAGAAUCUUAAUUCUUCUUUCUCUUAUUUUCACAAUAUGCAGAAGCUACAAAGUUCUGGUUUUCAAUCCUGCUAUGGUUGGCAGUCAUUCUAAUUUUCUUGGAAAAAUUUCUGAUAUUCUGAUAGAUGCUGGCCAUGAGGUCACAAUGCUGAUUCCGGUCUUAAUGCACGAGAAAAGAGAUCUUUUGUUGGUUCGAAAAAAGUUAAGAAUACUAUCAGAGUUGAGCAAGAUCCCCGAAUUUUUCAAAUGCAACAAGAAGCAACUACAGACGAGAUGA